CUUAAAAAAUUGUUUAAAAAGUUUUUAAAUAUCUUUAUUUAUAAAUUAGUGUUAGAACAUGUUGUGGUGCUUACAAUUAAUACAAGUAAAAUAAAUAUUUGUUUAUAUUGCGGUCAGUGUGGCCAAGCGGAGCUAAUUAAAUUUUCCGAGGCAGAAAAACGUUUCUACCUCGCGGAUCUGUGCUCCAAAAAUAAUAAUAAAAAGGAAACAACAGUGCAAUAUUAUAUCAGAUGCUCUCUUUUUUAAAAAGAUCUCCACUAUGUUGGCUCUGAAAGAAAAGCUUGAGCAAAGCCUAAGGCUGCUUAAGAAAUACGAAUGGUUGUUGGACGCCUAUGUUCUGGACUUUUUUCUGGACGACCAUUGGAGUAAACUUCCUGAAGACUGGCAGCGGCACCUGGCGAAUAUACCCCUAGAGAGGCUGAGCGAGUUGCUCCAAAACGAGGAUGUGGCGCACGAGCAAGGAUGGCCAGUGGAGUUGAUAGAACUUCGACGGGAGCUGCAGCAUCUUUGCAUUAGCCGCACACCUAGGAGCGCACCCGAAAACUCUUUGCCAUGCCCAUUGCUGGAUCAUCCCAAGCUGAAGCACAUGUUUACGAAGCGAGUGAAACCCAAAAAAUACCAUGAGAUCCAACGGAUGGCACAGAUUUGUGCGCUCAGCAAUCGCCAGACACCUGUUGACUUCAUAGUGGACUUUGGAGCGGGAGUGGGUCACCUGGCGCGCGUCCUUGGCUAUGGCUUCGGAAUACGUGUGUGCUGCUUUGAGAUGCAGCCGGAUCUCAACCAGCAAGCCAGGGAUAUUGACUUUAAACUGGAAUCCAUGGCAGCCAAACACCUUAAAACUGAAGACACAAGCCACUUCCAGCGACCAGAGCACCUAACACAGCGCUUGGAAAGCGACACACUGCCUGAGCGGUUCCUCGCCAGCAUCCGGGGUGCCUUGGGGCUGGAAAACGACAACUUUACCUUUGGGAUCAUCGGACUGCAUCCGUGCGGCAAUUUGGGCCCGACAUUGAUGCGCAUGUUCCUCGGCUGCCCGCAAGCCAAGUUCCUUAACUUUGUGGGCUGCUGCUACCAGAAGAUGACCACCCGGGCCACGCAUCCCAGAGAACGAGUAAAUGGUUACCCGCUGAGCAGGUUCCUCAAUGCAAAGUCCUGCUCACAACUGAGCUACGAGGCCAGGGAGAUCUCCUGCCAUGCCACAGAAGUGUACCAGGAUCGCCUACGGGCUGGGGAGAACGAGCAUCUACGGAUUCACUCCCUCCGAGCUGCCGCUGAACGCAUCAUUGUCCAACAAUUUCCAGAUCUCCGGCACUGUGCAUUGCGCAAUGUUAAGCACUCACCGGGCAUGACGUUUCACGAAUACUUUCAGAGAGCGGUCCAAGGAACUCGUUUUGAAGCUCUGGACAGUCGGGUUUUGAGUAACGAGCAAACUGAAACGGACCUGUCCAACUGGCAGCGGAUCGUGAGUUUCUAUACACUGCGUUUAAUGAUGGCUCCUCUGGUGGAGAGCAUUAUUCUCCACGAUCGCUGCCUAUUCCUAAUGGAGAAUGAGUGCCAAGUGCGGAUAGAGGCUAUAUUCGAUCCCCGUCUCUCGCCCAGAAACCACAUUACCAUGGCCACAAAGCCCUGACUCUGAUAGGUUGGAAUUACCCUAAUCUGACCAUAAAUCCCGUCUGAUUCUUAUCGUUAAGUGGUGGUUACCCUUCAAGUGGUUUUUAUAUGAGUUUAUUUUGUAUAAAGAUAAAGAUAAUAUCGUCGUG